AUGGCUGACAAGAAGCUACCGGAGGUCGACCUGGUGACCCGCAUGCAGGUCGACGACUCUGUCGUUGGAAACACUGAGAUUGAUGAGUCGCUCUACAGUCGCCAGCUCUAUGUGCUGGGCCACGAGGCCAUGAAGCGCAUGGGCGCUUCCAACGUCCUCAUCGUUGGCCUCAAGGGCCUGGGUGUCGAGAUCGCCAAGAAUAUUGCCCUUGCAGGCGUCAAGAGCCUCACCCUCUACGAUCCCGGUCUGGUUGCCCUAGCUGACCUGUCCUCACAAUUCUUCCUGCACCCCGAGGACGUGGGCAAGCCGAGAGACGAGGUCACCGCGCCGAGAGUCGCCGAGUUGAACGCAUACACGCCCGUCAAGGUCCACCAGUCGUCAAGCCUGGGCGAGAACCUCUCCCAGUUCGACAAGUACCAGGUCGUCGUCCUGACCAGCCUUCCGCUGAAGCUGCAGGCGCUUAUCGGCGACUACUGCCACUCCAAGGGCAUCUACGUUGUUGCCGCCGAUACUUUUGGUCUGUUUGGUUCGAUUUUCUGCGAUUUCGGCGCCGACUUCACCGUCAUCGACCCGACCGGCGAGAUCCCUCUGACCGGCAUCGUUGCGGGCAUCGACGAGGAGGGCCUGGUUUCGGCUCUCGACGAGACCCGCCACGGACUCGAAGACGGCGACUAUGUCACCUUUUCAGAAGUCGAGGGCAUGGAGAAGCUGAACGGAGGCGAGCCGCGCAAGAUCACCGUCAAGGGCCCCUAUACCUUUUCAAUCGGCGACGUUUCCGGCCUGGGCCAGUACGUUCGCGGAGGUCUGUACCAGCAGGUCAAGAUGCCCAAGAAGAUCAACUUCAAGACGUUCUCCGCCGCGCUCAAGGAGCCCGAGUUCGUCGUGUCAGAUUUCGCAAAGUUUGACCGCCCGCAGCAACUGCACCUUGGUUUCCAGGCCCUGCACGCUUUCGUGGAGAGCCAGGGCCGGUUCCCCAACCCCCUGGACGACACGGACGCGACGGUGAUCCUGCGCUCCGCCGAAGCAUUUGCCAAGGCAGAGGGCGUCGACGUUGAAUUUGACGAGAAGCUGCUCAAGGAGCUGAGCUACCAGUCCCUUGGUGACCUGAACGCCAUGGCCGCCCUGUUUGGUGGAAUCACGGCCCAGGAAAUCCUCAAGGCCGUCUCCGGCAAGUUCCAACCCAUCCAGCAGUGGAUGUACUUUGACUCGCUCGAGUCUCUGCCGACCAGCACCGCCCGCACCGCCGAGCUCUGCAAGCCCCUCGGUAGCCGAUACGACGGCCAGAUUGUCGUUUUCGGCCGCGAGUACCAGGAGAAGAUUGCCAACCUGCGGCAGUUCCUCGUGGGUGCCGGUGCCAUUGGCUGCGAGAUGCUAAAGAACUGGGCCAUGAUUGGUCUCGGUACCGGUCCCAAGGGCAAGAUCACCGUCACUGACAUGGACUCCAUUGAGAAGAGCAACCUCAACCGCCAGUUCCUAUUCCGUCCCAAGGACGUUGGCAAGAUGAAGAGCGACUGCGCCGCCGAGGCUGUGCAAGCGAUGAACCCCGACCUAAUUGGCCACAUUGUGUGUCUGAAGGACCGCGUGAGUCCCGAGACGGAGGAGACCUUCAACGAGGAGUUCUGGAACAAUCUCGACGGCGUCACCAAUGCGCUGGACAACGUCGAGGCCAGAACAUACGUCGACCGCCGCUGCGUCUUCUUCCGCAAGCCCCUCCUCGAGAGCGGGACGCUCGGAACCAAGGGCAACACACAGGUCGUUCUACCCCAUCUCACCGAGUCUUACUCCUCGUCACAGGACCCCCCGGAGAAGGAGUUUCCCAUGUGCACGGUGCGCAGUUUCCCCAACAAGAUUGAGCACACCAUCGCGUGGUCCAAGGAUCACAUGUUUGAGAACCUAUUCAUCACGUCUCCUUCGACGGUCAACCUGUACUUGACGCAACCCAACUACAUUGAGAGCACAUUGAAGCAGGGUGGAAGCGCAAAGCUUACGCUUGAGACGCUUCGCGACUACCUCACCACCGAUCGCCCGCGGACCUUUGAGGAUUGCGUCGCGUGGGCGCGCAUUUUGUUCGAAAAGGAGUUCAACAACAAGAUCCAGCAGCUUCUGCACAACUUCCCCAAGGACUCGACGACCUCCACAGGCACCCCCUUCUGGUCCGGUCCCAAGCGCGCACCUGAGCCGCUCAAGUUCGACCCCAGCAACCCUACACACUUUGCGUUCGUCGUGGCGGCCGCGAACCUUCACGCAUUCAACUACAACAUCAAGUCUCCCGGCACCUCCAAGGACAUUUACUUGCGCGAGCUUGAGAACAUUAUCGUGCCCGAGUUCUCGCCCGCGGAGGGUGUCAAGAUUCAGGCCAACGACAGCGAUCCCGACCCUAAUGCCGAUGCCGGCGAGGGCAGCUCUUUUGACGACAACGACGAGCUGCAGAAGAUCAUCAGCAGCCUCCCUUCGCCUAACGAGCUUGCCGGCUUCCAGCUGCAGCCUGUGGAUUUCGAAAAGGACGACGACUCGAACCACCACAUUGACUUCAUCACGGCCUGCAGUAACCUACGUGCGGCCAACUACAAGAUUGAGCAAGCCGACCGCCACAAGACCAAGUUCAUUGCCGGCAAGAUCAUUCCGGCCAUUGCGACAACAACGGCGCUCGUCACUGGCUUGGUGAUCCUGGAGCUGUACAAGGUCAUUGACGGCAAGCAGGACCUCGAGCAGUACAAGAACGGGUUCAUCAACCUGGCGCUGCCCUUUUUCGGCUUCAGCGAGCCCAUUGGCAGCCCCAAGGUGGAGUUCAAGGGCCCCAACGGCAUCGUCAAGCUGGACAAGAUUUGGGACCGUUUCGAGGUCAACGACAUCACGCUCAAGGAGCUCUUGGAGCACUUUGAGAAGCAGGGGCUCACCAUCUCGAUGCUCAGCUCCGGCGUCAGCCUGCUGUACGCUAGCUUCUUCCCUCCGGCCAAGCUCAAGGACCGUCAGAACCUCAAGCUGAGCCAGCUCGUCGAGACGGUGUCCAAAAAACCCGUCCCGGCUCACCAGAAGGAGGUCAUAUUCGAGAUGGUAGCUGAGGAUGUGGACGGAGAGGACGUUGAGGUUCCUUACAUCAAAAUGAAGAUGGCGUAA